GAAAUAGCAAGACAUCAUGUCGGGUUUACCAGCAUUUCUAGGCAUCACCUUUUCCUGGUUGUUUAUAGGUGCUGUUGUGCCAUUUCUGAUUCCAAAAGCAAAUACUAACCGCGGCCUGAUACAAACAUGUGUGGUCAUUGCGGCGUUCUGUGGAUGGAUGUUCUGGUUAAUAGUCUUUUUGGCUCAGCUGAAUCCAUUAAUUGGGCCUGAAUUAAAUAACCAUACACUUCAUAUUAUGAUCCAACAAUGGGGCAGAAGAGAUGGCUAGAAAUGGAGCACAUCUGAUCUAGAUGGAAAUAGAAUGCUGCUAUUUAGAUUGGAAUAUCAAUU